AUGGAGACGAUUGUGGACAAGACGCACCCGCCGGGGCCGCCGAACCUGGACUCUCCGUCGCAACCCCCUGCAGAGCAGACCGUUGACAAUGCGACGACCCUCGAGAAGCAGCCGGCGCUUCCGGCCGAGUCAACGCCCUCUUCAACAGCUCCUCCCCAACAUAAUAUCAAUUCAGAAGACGACUUCAUUACGAAAGGUCUCAAGUUUCUCUCCACUGCGACCUCCGAGACCUUAGGCGGAAUCGGUGUCGGCCUUGCCGCUGCGACCUAUGUCGUCCUGGGCAAGCUCGGCCUGAUCCUUAUCGGCGCCUUUGGCACCGAGGUUCUCACGAGGCUGGGUCUCGACAAGGUCCCCGAGCCUAAGGUUCAGGAUAAGGAGGAAGAGGAGCGGGCAAUCAACACCUUCGAUGACUUCAAACCAGGGAUCCGCGAGGCCUUGGGUGGCUUCGUUGACGCCGUCAUCCGAGAUUACGUCAAGUGGUGGUAUUCACCCAUCCUGCCGAGGGACUCGUCCUUCCCUCUCGCCUGCAGGCGCGUCUUCAACUCCUUCCUCCUCUCCAUCUCCAAUGCCCUCUACCGCAAGCGCCCUGCCGACGCCUUUCUCGACCUCCUCACCAACUCCUCCUCCAUAUUCAUCGUCUACGCCCAUGUGCCCUCCGAUACCAACCUGACAGCAGCGGAUGCCGUGUAUAAUUAUCUCGCCGAGAACCCAGACUCGAGUCUCGCCAACCUCCUGAGCCAGCCCCAACAGGCGGCCAAGUUCCCAGAAUGGAGGUAG